AUGUCAUGUCAGCAGCAGCAGUGCCAGCAGUUUAUUGCAAGCGUGAAUUUAGAAGACAGAAGAAGUGUGAAAAGCGAACCCCGCCCAGUUCAGGAGUAUGUUAUUGGAACAUUUUGUAAAAGUGGAAUUUGUGUCACAACAUUACACGAUGAACUUACUUCAUUUCUUAGGCUGCUUACAAUGUCGCUGCUAAAUGGAAAAAUGGAAAUGUGA